UGAUUGCACUGUUUAUUUUCCACCGGGUAUGACGCUUGUAAACAAAGUUUGAUAAUAAAAUCAUUAAUUGAACAACGACAAAUAUCGGUCUCUUAUCUACUUAAAUGCACCUGAUAACUGCAACGGCGGACUAAUUGCUGCCGUUUAGGUAAAUCAUAAAGUUCAGAUAAACCAAUAUGGAUCGAGCAAGCCUAUAUUUCAUGAAUAAGGAUGAUAAGAACACGUAUGAUUUUGACGAGACUCUGCCCUCGCUUCCGCUGCCGGAUCUAAAGGACACCAUGGAGCGGUAUUACGCCUGCAUCCAGCCUUUCGGAACGAAGGAAGAGUUGGCUCAGGCGCGAAGGACGAUUGAUGACUUUCAGAAUGGAGUGGGUGCCGAGCUGCAUGAACAGCUCAAGAAGAGGGCGUCAACAAUGAAGAACUGGCUAGGGACUUGGUGGGAGGACUAUGGGUACCAUCUCAUUCGGAUGCCGUUGCUUCCCUACCAACUGAUGGUCAUGCCAUCUCAAUUGGAGAUGGUGGGUGUGCCGGAGACCCCGGAAUACAUGCUUAAGAGCUUGGCUCGCCACAUCUACCACACGCUUGAGUUUUGGGAUCUAACCCGCUCGUCAAGCAUCAAGCCGCUCUCGUCGAACGGUGGGAAAAUCAAGUACUCAUCCGCGCUGUACAAGCGCUUUUUCUCCACGUGCCGCGUUCCAGGCGAGGAGCAGGACCACAUCGAAAAUCACUUCCGUACGAAGGACGAGGGCAAGGGCCCGAUUCACAUCCUAGUCUCUGGCAAGGGACGCCAGUUUAUCUUUGAUUGUGUUCACGAUGACGACACGAUCCUGACGGCUCCAGAGAUCCUGGUAAUCCUGCAGCGGCUGCGGAGCAUCCUGGAUUACGAGCCCUUAGGCGAUUGUGUGCCUACUUUAAGCCAUGAUGAGCGGACAACGUGGGCUCGCAACCGAAACAGGCUGAGGGAACUCUCGAAGGAGAACAAGGAUACACUGCUGCUGGUUGAGAGUGCCAGCAUGGAAGUUUGCUGGUACGAGCAAUCGCCCAAGGACUAUGAGGAGUCCUCGCAGCUGGGACUCUAUGGCGACCUCCAUUCCCGCUGGGCAGAUCGCAGCAGCAGUAUAAUCGCCUUCCGCAACGGUCGGUGCAACUGGACGGGAGAGCACAGCUGCUACGAUGGCACUGUCAGCAUCAGUUUCGCUACCUUCAUGCAGCUUAGCUUUAUGGAGGUGCCGGAGCCUGACUGGUCAUUGGCCGAGAACUCGCAUGUGGUGGAGCUCAAGGAGCUGCAGUUUCAGCUUGAUGAUACCCUCAAGAGCGAGAUAAAGCGCGUCCAGCAGGACAUCGAUGAUAGGGGCAUAGAUGUUACAUCCACUUUCACUGUUUUCGAUGACUACGGCAAGGACUUCAUGAAAACCCACCGUCUGCAUCCGGACUCCUUUGUACAGGUGGUCAUGCAGUGGGCUUAUUACCAAAUGCAUAAAGAAAUUGCUCCCACCUACGAAACUGCUCUUAUGCGACAAUACUACAACGGGCGAACGGAAACGCUGCGAUCCUGCACUGGUGCUGUGGCAGAGUUCCUCAAGGCCUCCUCCAACAAGCAAGUCGGCGAAAUGUCACUGGCCAGAGCCUUCCGCAAAGCCGUCGAUGAGCACAAGCACUUCAUGAACGAGGCCCGCAAGGGACAUGGCAUCGAUCGCCACUUGUUCGGCUUGUGGUGUGCAGCGUACGAAAACAAAAUGGACAUUCCCGCCUUUUACGAUGAUCCGAUGUACACCAAGAGCGGCGGCGGGGGCAACUUUAUACUCUCAUCUAGCACUCUUGGCUUCACUGCCAACGUCGGUUUUGUAGCGCCAAUGGUUUUCGACGGCUACGGCGUAUUUUAUUCCAUCACCUCUGAAGCUGUGUUCAUUAAUACCACCGCUUAUCGGGAUAGCUUCAAGACGAGCGCCCGCAAAUUCAACGACAUGUUCAAGGAAUCAUUCCGCCGCAUCAGCGUUUUGCUGGAGCAGCUGGCCAAAGAGUCAAAGUUGUGAAGCGCAUUUAUAAUAUUAAGAAGGGAUUUAAUUUUAAAUAAUGUCGCCACAAAAGUCCGGUUCUCGUUUUUGAUUCCGAUCAUAACAUUAAUUCCAAUUUUAGAACCAGAAAAAGAUCCUGAAAAUACUUUUCCUUGUUUUAGUUUGACUGAAUCAACAUGUUUUACAAUUACUUUUUUAGCCCACCUAUUGAUCGGAAUUUAAUUGAGAACUUGGCUUUUAAAAGUAGUCUGUAAGUUAAAGUGUCAGCAAUGUGAAACAUUUCCAAGUGUGUGGUUUUGUGUUAAACGUUUAUUUAAAUUCAAUGAUCGAUUAGUUUACGCAAAUACAUUUCUUUCGAUAA